AUGUUUCAUACUACUAAAACUAACAAUCCAUAUCUACGAUCAUCAAGUACAAUGUACGACAAUAAUGAUAAUAAUAAGUCUCUGCAUAAUAUAUUUACCGAAAGUUAUCAUAACCAAAACCCGGAUGCUACCAAUAUAAACAAUUCAAAAGAAAUAGAAAAUCGGCAACUAAAUUAUUACUAUCAGAACCAUCAUCUAUUCAAUCAAUCAUCAUCCUCGUCAUUAUCAUCCUCAACAUUAGAGUCACAACCAGAACUAACUAAUCAAAAAAGAUUAUUUUCAUGGUUAUUUUGCAAAAAUGUUCCUCCAAUACCAAAUGAAAAUGAAAGAAAAGAUUAUCCAUGGCAUAUAACUAAUCCAUUAAAUCGUAUGGGAUUUUGGUGGUUAUAUUCUGUUUUAAAAAUUGGUUACAAGAGAACAUUAGAUCCUUCAGAUUUAUUUAAAUUAACUCCUGAAUUAAAAGUUGAAUAUAUGUAUGAUAAAUUUAUAAACAAUUUAAAUCCAAUAAUUUCAAAAGAUCAAUAUAAUUGGCCAAAAUAUGCUAUACCUUAUGCUUUAUUCCUUACUUUUAAAAAACAAUAUAUUUUUUCAUGUAUUUGUUUAGCAUUAGCAUUUGUUUGUAUUUCUUGUUCACCAUUAAUAACUCGUCAAAUUAUUGAUUUUGUUCAAUAUAAAUAUUUUGGAGUAUAUACUACAUAUAAUAGAGGUAUUGGAUUAACUAUUGGAUCAGUUAUAUUAAUAUUUAUAAAUGGUUUAUUAUUAAAUCAUUUUUUUCAUAAUGCAAUGAUUUGUGGAGCUCAAUCAAAAGCUAUAUUAACAAAAGCUUUAUUAAUGAAACUGUUUAAAUUAAAUAAUGAUUCAAGAUAUAAAUUCCCCGUGGGUAAAAUUACUAGUUUAAUGAGUACAGAUUUAUCAAGAAUUGAUUUAGCUAUUGGUUUCCAACCUUUAAUUUGUUGUUUUCCUAUACCAGUUAUAAUAUCUAUUGUUAUUUUAAUAAAAAAUAUGGGAGUUGCAGCAUUAGCUGGUAUUGGAUUAUUCAUAAUUUCAUUAUUUAUUUGUGUGAUAUUAACAAGUGUAUUAUUUAAAACAAGAGAAAAAGUUGUUAAAUAUACUGAUGAAAGAGUUUCAUUAAUGAGAGAAAUUUUAAAUAAUUUAAAAAUUAUAAAAUUUUAUGCAUGGGAAAAAGCUUAUAAAUUAGCAAUAUCAAAAAUAAGAAAUAAAGAAAUGAAUCAUUUAUUUACUAUAAAAGUUUUAAGAAAUUUUAUAACUGCUUAUGCUGUUACUUUACCUGUUUUAACUUCAAUGAUUUCAUUUAUAACAAUGUGGGGAACAAAUAAUAUGAAAAGUCCAGGAGAAGUAUUUAGUUCAUUAUCAUUAUAUGCAAUUUUAGCUCAAGCUAUAAUGUUAUUACCUAUUGCAUUAGCUACUGGAGCAGAUGCAUUAAUUGGAUUUCAAAGAUGUAAUGAAUUUUUAUCAGCACAAGAAUUUAAUGAAGAAUUAAAUCAAAUUUUAAUUAAUCCUAAGAAUCAAUAUUAUUUUAAAAAUGAAGAUAUAGCAAUAAAAGUAUCUCAUGCAGAUUUUUAUUGGGAAAAUCAUCAUACAAUCAGUUCCAAAGAAGAAGAAAAAGAAAAUUGGGAUUCAGAUACUUAUGAUAUGGAUUCAACUACAACUCAAGGUAGCUCAUUAGGUUUAUCUGAUGUUAAUAUAACUAUCAAAAAUAAAGAAUUAGUUAUAAUAACUGGUCCAAUAGGAUCAGGUAAAACUACAUUAUUAAAUGCAUUAGCAGGAUUUAUAAAAUUAUCUCAAGGAUCAAUUGAAAAAUCAGUUGAAAUUUUAUUAUGUUCUUCACCAUGGAUUCAAAAUGCAACAAUAAAAGAAAAUAUAAUAUUUGGUAAACCAUUUAAUUUAAAAAAAUAUAAACAAGUCUUGUAUGCAUGUGCUUUAGAAGAUGAUAUUUCAAUGUUACCAGCUGGUGAUAGAACUGAAAUUGGUGAAAGAGGUAUUACUUUAUCUGGUGGUCAAAAGGCAAGAAUAAAUUUAGCAAGAGCUUGUUAUACUGAUGCUGAUUGUUUAUUAUUUGAUGAUGUUAUUUCUGCAGUUGAUUCAAAAGUUGCAAGACAUAUUGUAAAUCAUUUAUUUAAAGGUUUGUUACGUGAUAAAACUAUUAUUUUAGCUACUCAUCAAUUAAGUAUAUUGGAUUUUGCAGAUAAAGUUGUAUUUGUAAAUAAUGGAUCAGUUGAUGUUGGAACUGUAAAUGAUUUAAUGAUUGAUAAUAAAGAUUUUAGAAAAUUAAUAGAACAUGGGGGAGAUUCACAGGGAACAGUGAAGAAGAGCAGCCUUGAAGAAGAUGACCAAGAUUUAUCAGAUUUAAACUCAUUCAAUCAAUCCACUCAACAUCUAGAAAAACUAGACUCAAGUAUAACUGGUAGAACAACAUCAGAUGAAGAAAGAGCAACAAAUGCAAUUUCAUGGUCAAUUUAUAAAAAAUAUAUUGAAUUAGGAAGUGGAAAAUUGGGAAAAUUUGCAAUCCCCAUAUUUUUGAUUUUUGUUAUUAUAGCAACAUUUUGUCAAGUUUUUACAAAUACUUGGUUAUCAUUUUGGAUGGAAAAAAAAUUUAAUAAUAAAACAGACCUGUUUUAUAUUAUAUUUUAUAUAAUAUUUGCUUUUUUAACUGUUAUUUUUACUGCAAUUGAAUUUAGUAUAUUAGCAUAUAUGCAAGAUUGUUCAUCAAAUUUUUUAAAUUUAAAAGCUGUUAAUAAAAUUUUACAUACUCCAAUGUCAUAUAUGGAUAUAACACCAUUAGGUAGAAUAUUAAAUAGAUUUACUAAGGAUACAGAUUCUUUAGAUAAUGAAUUAGGUGAACAAAUGAGAUUAUUCAUAUUCCCAUUAGCUUUAAUUAUUGGUAUAAUUAUAUUAUGUAGUUGUUAUUUACCAUAUUUUAUAAUUGCUGUACCAUUUUUAAUAUUUGCAUUUAUAUUUUUAGCUAAUUUUUAUCAAGGUUCAUCAAGAGAAAUUAAAAGAUUAGAAUCAACUCAAAGAUCAUUAGUUUAUAAUAAUUUUAAUGAAACUUUAACUGGUAUGUUAACUAUAAAAUCUUUUAAAGUUGAACAAGAUUUUAUAACAAAGAAUGAUUAUUUUAUAAAUAAAAUGAAUGAAGCUUAUUAUUUAUCAAUUGCAACUCAACGUUGGUUAUGUGUUCAUUUAGAUAUGAUUACUUCAUGUUUUGCAUUAAUUAUUUGUUUACUUUGUAUAACUGGACAAUUUAAUAUUAGUGCUUCAUCAACUGGGCUUUUGUUAAAUUAUGUUAUUCAAUUAGUUGGAGUAUUAUCAUUAACUAUAAGAUCAAUGACAUCAGUUGAAAAUGAAAUGAAUUCAGUUGAAAGAUUAUAUGAUUAUGCAUUUAAUUUACCUCAAGAAUCUUCUUAUGAAAUUGAUGAAAAUAAAUCACCUCAAAAUUGGCCAUCAUCUGGUUAUAUAACUUUUAAAAAUGUUUAUAUGAAAUAUAGAUCAAAUACUCCAUUAAUUUUAAAAAAUUUAAAUAUAAAUUUUUAUCCUGGUGAAAAAAUUGGAAUAUGUGGUAGAACAGGAGCAGGAAAAUCUUCAAUAAUGAAUGUAUUAUAUAGAAUUACAGAAUUAGAAAGUGGUAAAAUUGAAAUUGAUGGAAUUGAUAUUUCAAAAUUGGGAUUAUAUGAUUUAAGAUCAAAAUUAUCAAUUAUACCUCAAGAACCAGUAUUAUUUCAAGGUACUAUAAGAAAAAAUUUAGAUCCUUUUAAUGAACAUUUAGAUGGUACAUUAUGGAAAGCAUUAUAUAGAUCAGGACUUUUAAGUGAGGAUCAAUUUUUUCAACAACAACAAUUAAAUUCUCAAGAAAUUUCAAAAAAUUUUAAAUUUCAUUUAGAUCAAAUAGUUGAUGAUGAAGGAAAUAAUUUUUCAUUAGGUGAAAAACAAUUAAUUACAUUAGCAAGAGCAUUAGUUAGAAAUUCCAAGAUAUUAAUAUUAGAUGAAGCAAGUUCAUCAGUUGAUUUAUCAACAGAUUUAAUGAUUCAAAAAACAAUAAAAUCAGAAUUUAAAAAUUGUACUGUUAUUUGUAUUGCUCAUAGAUUAAAAACUUUAUUAAAUUAUGAUAGAAUUAUUGUAAUGGAUAAUGGUGAAAUUAUUGAAAAAGGUGAACCUUUUAAAUUAUUUAAUAAAAAAGAUGGAAUUUUUAGAUCAAUGUGUGAUAAAGCAAAUAUUAAUGAAAAUGAUUUUUAG